AUGAGGGACCCGAUCCCACCACCGCCGCUGCUGGUGCAGCUCAGCCAGCCUCUGGCUGAUAAGCUGGGUCUGAAAACCAUGCCUUACCAUGUUCAUGAAAUGUUGCUGGGCUUUCUUGCGUAUCACCUCAUUCUCUAUGGGCUAUCGCCGGCCAUCUCUCGACUUGUAUGCCCCAAGACGUACGCAAGCUUCAACAAACGCACACGAUUGAAUUGGAACAUCCACUGGGUCUCUAUGAUCCAAGCGCUGUUCAUCAACGGUGCUGCUCUCUAUGUGAUCUUCACGGACCCGGAGAGGAAGGAGAUGGACUGGAAAGGCAGACUCUGGGGUUACACGCCAGCUAGUGGGAUGGUCCAGGGCUUCGCAGCCGGUUAUUUCCUCUGGGAUCUCCAAGUUUGCGUACAGCAUUUUAGCAUCUGUGGAGUGGGUGCUCUGGUUCACGCCAUCGGUGCUCUGGCUAUAACAUGCAUUGGCUUCAAACCGUUCGGAAACUACUACGGCCUGUCCUUCAUUCUAUACGAACUGUCCACGCCUUUCCUAAACGUACACUGGUUCUGUGACAAGCUGCGUCUCACCGGAUCGAAGCUCCAGCUGUACAAUGGCAUCGCCCUCCUCUUUACCUUCUUUGCUUGCCGAGUUAUGUGGGGAACCUACCAAUCAGUCCUCAUAUACUCGGACAUGUACAAGGCUUUGACAACGCCGACUUCGCAGCUCACGAGUCUGCUCCUGGACGAUGAUGUAUGUGGACGAAAUGCCAGCAGCAAGACAUUCGGCGGACCAGUCAGCUGCGAGAUUACUGAGCUACCCAUCUGGCUGGUGACAAUCUAUCUCUUGGGAAACACUGCACUGAGUAUCUUGAAUGUUUACUGGUUCAGCCAAAUGGUGAAGGCUGUUAGAAAGAGAUUUGUACCAGCUGAAGAGGUGGAAGCUAAGAAGAGUCAAUAG